AUGUUCUUUGCAAAAUACAUAGCAACUGUAACGAUAAUUCUUUGGUCAGCCAUAUCAUUGGCAGACCGAGCUUAUACUUUCCAAGACACCUGGCUGAUGGACACAAUAUCUGUUGAUGAUUCCGAAAAAGUCUACAUGCAAGUGUCAUAUCUCCUGUUAUAUGAUGUAGUAGUUAACUACGAAGGGCUUUUGUAUAUGAAAAAUAUAAAUUCGUGGCCCUGGCAUAGAUGGAUUGAUGAAACAUUUUCUGUCAAUCUUUCGAACGAUCUUACUGUUGCAGGAUACGGGAUGCUAAUUAUUGAUGAUGGCACUGCACAACAAGAGGAAUCAGACCAUAAUUGGAAUCUUCAUACUUUGGAUAAUGCAGGUGAGAUUUACUUCUUGGGUGCUCAAACGCAUAAUAAUAUGAAUGUUAAUAUUCAAACCAAUUGGGAAUUAUCCAAUACAGGCAAUAUUUGUUUCAUGAACUGGGCUGAAACUCCUAAUGGUCAUAUAGUUUUAGGAGACUCAUAUAGUAACGCUAUUAAUAAAGGAACCAUCUUCUUUAAUCACAUUGCUAAUGUUGAAAUAAACUAUGACUUGGAAGCUAAUGGAUGUAUUUGGCUAGAAAGUAAUUCCCAUUAUCAAUUUAAUCCAUCCCAUAAUCUGGGCCAUCAAGUAUACUUUAUAGGCGCGGACUCAUCCAUAACCAUCCAAAAUGAUAGAUCCCAAUCACCUUCAUAUGAAAUAUAUGGACUAAGGCAAAACAAUAAAAUCCGUUUUAAUGUAAAUGGAUAUCCCACCAUAAAUUAUAAUGGAGAAUAUUUAGAAGUCCGAGUAGGGCAAACAUUAGUAAUAACCUUAAGAGUUGGCUUUGGUUAUAAAAGUGAAUCAUUCUCCUUAACUGGAUACUGUGCCUCAGUAUCUAAGAGGGCCACAGCUGAUUGUUUAGCUACGCUUACUUAUACAGGCCCACUUGCUAUAACACAACCAGAUGUAUGUCAAUCGUGUUAUAAUCCAGCAACGUUGUUUGAUGUAGACUAUUAUGAGGAGUUGUUAGAUGACAAACAAACAUCUUCCGAAAUUGAAACAUCCUCAGAGGUUCAAACAUCUUCAGAGAUUGAAUCGUCUUCAGAAUUUGAAACAUCCUCAGAAUUUGAAACAUCUUCCGAAAUUGAAACAUCUUCCGAAAUUGAAUCAUCAUCAGAAAUUGCAACGUCUUCCGAAAUUGAAACAUCUUCCGAAAUUGAAACAUCUUCCGAAAUUGAAUCGUAUUCGGAAAUUGAAUCGUCUUCAGAAAUUGAAUCGUCUUCAGAAAUUGAAUCGUCCUCAGAGAUUCAAUCAUCUUCCGAAAUUGAAACAUCCUCCGAAAUUGAAACAUCUUCCGAAAUUGUAACAUCCUCAGAGAUUGAAACAUCUGCACAAGUUUCACCAACUUCAGACGUGGUAUCAUUCACAGAUGUUAUGCCAUCGUCAUAUGUUGAAUCGUCAUAUGUUGAAUCGUCAUCUGAAGUCUUAGCCUCAUCUGAAGUUACUUCAUCAUCGAGUUUAAUAUUGUCUUCAACUGUGGAUUCUUCGUCGAGUGUGGAACCACUUUCAACCUACCCUUCGCUGUCAGACGCGAUUUCAUCUUCUUCUGUUGUUUCCUCGCCAGAUACAAUCAUGCCUUCAGCCAGUUCCGACGUUCCUUUCUUUUCCCCUUCAUUGGCAUCUAGCUAUACAGGAUCUAGUUCAGCACAAUCUGAGACAGAUAUAGUUACAGAUUCAGACACUUUAGGAACUGAAAUAACUGAUGAAAUUGUUAGUACAAGCUCACAUGAACUCAGCUCAGGCACAGCUACAACUGUUAUAGGAACACCAUCUGAUGAAGUCGUCACAACUGCUGACCCAACAGACUCUACUACUGAGAUUAAAGAACCAGAGACUUCGGAAACACUCAUGGAUUCCGAAACAGAAAGCGAGGAAGAGGGAUCAACCACUCUCAAAGUGCAACCAACUUUUGAAAGUACUGAAAGUACCGAAAGUAUCGAACCUUCAACCACAGAUACUCACUCGGACUGGUCUUACACCACCACCAUCGUGAUAACUGAACCUGAUGGAAGUACAGAAACAAAGACAGCUAUUGUUGUCGAUCCUCAGAAUUCUGAAGGUGAUUGGUAUACCUAUACUUCGUUCUUAGAUGAUGAAUCCACUACUCUCAAAGAAGAACCUACGCUUGGAACUUCUCAAAAUACUCAUAAUUCUGAAACCACUGAAACCACCCAAUCCACAAGUACAGAUACUCACUCGGACUGGUCUUACACCACCACCAUCGUGGUAACCGAGCCUGACGGAAGCACAGAAACAAAGACAGCUAUUGUUGUCGAUCCUCAGAAUUCUGAAGGUGAUUGGUAUACCUAUACUUCGUUCUUAGAUGAUGAAUCCACUACUCUCAAAGAAGAACCUACGCUUGGAACUUCUCAAAAUACUCAUAAUUCUGAAACCACUAAAACCACCCAAUCCACAAGUACAGAUACUCACUCGGACUGGUCUUACACCACCACCAUCGUGGUAACCGAGCCUGACGGAAGCACAGAAACAAAGACAGCUAUUGUUGUCGAUCCUCAGAAUUCCGAAGGUGAUUGGUACACAUACACGUCGUUCUUGGACGAUCCAAAGGAAACUGAUGAAGUGAACAGUACACCAGCAAAUGUAGAUACAACGACCAGAGUGAGUGAUCGCUCUACAACUACAACAACACAAGGUUGGACCGGGACUUAUACGACUACGUUCACAGUGCCAGGAGAUGAUCUUGAUACCGUUAUCAUUGCAACACCACCUGUGGAUUAUACUACCACUACACAACAAUGGACUGGAAGUGAUACAACAACUUACACCAUAUCCGGAGACACACUUCAGACUGUUGUAGUUCAAGUGCCAACCACCGCCACCACACCUCAACCUUCCACGGGUGGAGUUGUCACUGAAUACGUAACAACAUAUACCACUGCUUUGCCAAAUGGAUCUCCUGCUACAGAAAGUGCACAAGUUGUUAUUUCUCAAGAUGACGAUGGUACUUUGUUCACAUCUUCAGCAGUAUUGCCUACCAUCUCAACAUAUACAAGGACCGCCACUGUGACGUUGGGCAAUGGCCAACAGUCCACCGCCGUCUAUGAGGUCAUAGUUUCACCAGAUGAUUCAGGAAGUCUUGUUACUACAAGCAGUAUUUUAGUUGUAGCUGAUAGAACUGACGUACCUGAAGGUCCUGCUAAUGGUUUAGAUAAUACUAGCACAAAUACAGAUGUUGGUGGUGAAGAGUCUACCAACGAAAUUAGUGACGAAGUUGUAAAUAACAAUGCCAUUAAUGAAGAUAGUGGGAGUGGUGCAGCUCCUAAUGAGGCCAAUACUGAACAAAACAUGAACAAUGAAGUUAUAAACAAUAAUUAUAAUUCCGGCGACAAUACUAAUACUAAUAAUGCUAAGGAUUAUAGUACUGGUGAAAAUAAUGGCAACACUAAUACCAACACUAAUACCAACACUAAUACCAACACUAAUACCAACACUAAUGUCAAUGAUAAUGUUACCGGUAAUAAUGCCAAUGAUAACGGUAUUGCUAACAACGGUAGUGAAAACAAUGGUAAUGUUGCUAACGACAACGUUUAUUAUGACGGUACCGAAUCAAAUGGUGAACAAACCGUCCAACCGGCUGAUUCUGAAAAUGAAGACGCUCAACAAUUCACUCCUACAUCUUAUACUAUUGCAGUCACUACCUCACUUCCUGAUGGUGUGGUUGCUACAGAACUCGCCGUAGUAGCUGUUUCGAUGGGUCCUGACGGCGUGGCUACUACACUAACCGCACCAAUUACCGCACCUACUAAUGCUGAUUACUUCACUACUGUUGUGACUGGUGCACCGGUUGAAGACUACGAUGCUGAAGGUAAGGAAGAAACUGAUGCCCCGGCGGCACCUACUGCCGAUGGUGGUGUUCCUCAGGUUCAACAACAUCAACAUGAUGAGGAUAAGGACACCACUGAAGAAAACGGAUAUUCACAUGAUGUGGAAGCAUUUGAUAGUGGGGCAGGAUCUGUAAAUUAUCCGAUUUACAUGAAUGCCGCACCCCUUUUGAUUGCUCUCAUUAUGAUUUAG